CGUAAAUCAGUGUCGUUUUCUUCAUCCAAAUCCACUUCGAACAAUCUAUUCUCAAGAUGCAGUUCAACUACCUCAUUGCCGCCGGUCUCCUCCCCGAGCUCCUUGCCGCGGCGGCGGUGCCUAUGCGCCGAGAUGUUAGCUGUAGCUUCUCCGUAGGUGCUAAUGCCGGUGACACCUGCGAGACGUUCAGUGGAUCUUGGGGUAUCUCUGUCGAUCAGUUUCAGAAAUUGAACCCGGACGCACAGUGUCCUACUCUUGACGGCAGCAAGAGCUACUGUGUGAUCGGCACCGUCACCUCGCCCACUGGUAGCGCGCCUACCAGCACCGCCAAAGCGACCAGCACCACAGCUGCGCCCACCAGCACCACCCAGGCGCCUACCACCACUACAACUGUGGCACCAUCUGGGCCCUCCCCUACCAUGCCCGGCAUCGUAGCCGAGUGUGAUCAGUUCUACAAGAUCGCCUCUGGUGAUCAGUGUGACACUAUUGAAGUCAAAUUCGGUAUCAGUGACAGCGACUUCAAGAAGUGGAACUCGGAGACCAACGCUGCGUGCAGCAACCUCUGGCUUGACUACUAUGUCUGCGUCCACGUUCCAGGCGCGACAACCACCUCCCCUGGUACCCCGACGCCCACCGACUCUGGCCCAACACCCCAGAUGCCUGGCAUCGUAGCCGAGUGUGAUAAGUUUUACAAGAUCGCCUCUGGUGACCAGUGCGACUCCAUUGAAUCGAAGUUCGGCAUCAGUGACAGCGAUUUCAAGAAGUGGAACUCGGAGACCAACGCUGGCUGCACCAACCUCUGGCUCGAUUACUACGUCUGCGUGCACAUCCCCGGCGCGACAACCACCGCCCCAGGUACCCCAACCCCCACCAACUCUGGCCCUACGCCACAGAUGCCUGGCGUUGUUGCCAACUGCAAGACCUUCCACAAGGUUGCCUCUGGUGAAGGAUGCGACAAAAUCGGGACACAAUACAAUAUCAGCCUCGCCCAGCUCCGCAGUUGGAACACCCAGGUCGAUGCUACCUGCACUAACCUGUGGGCUGACUACUACAUCUGCGUUGGAGUCUAAACCAUCGUUGUGGUAGACACUCCGCAUUGUAAGCAAAUCUUGCAAGGCACUGCCUCUUCCCUGAUCUUAUAUUAUUAAGAUUGGAAGCAAACCCAAUAAAUCGACCGCAUGGGCUUGUCAAGUGUGUGCAGGAACUCAGGCUGAUUCCGUCGAAUUUUGGAUAGAGGCGGAUUUAAAAGACGUUGCUUUAAUGGGCGCAUUUAUCUAUCGUACACAUGAAUAGCGAUUGUACAUAGCUAUUUGCUCCAUGUCUUUUACUAUUAUACCAUUCUUAUAUAUAUUUAUACACAAAUUUCGCACCC